AUGGCAUCUGCGAUAUAUUUUUGUGACAACAAGGGUAGACCUCUUUUAUCGAGAAAGUAUAGAGACGACAUACCGUUCUCGGCCAUAGAUAGGUUUCCUAUCCUCCUCUCAAAUUUCGAAGAAGAGACAAAUCUGAUACCUCCUUGUAUCGAGCACAAUGGUAUACAAUUCCUAUUCAUCCAACACAAUGAUUUAUACCUUGUAGCAAUUGCUACCUCAAUUUCAUGCAAUGCUGCCCUAAUUUUUAGCUUUUUACACAAAGUUAUCGAAGUACUUUCUGAGUAUCUAAAAGCGGUUGAAGAAGAAUCCAUUAGGGAUAAUUUUGUUAUCAUAUAUGAAUUACUAGAUGAGAUGAUGGAUUAUGGGAUUCCGCAAAUCACAGAGCCAAAGAUGUUGAAACAAUACAUUACCCAAAAGUCUUUCAAACUGAAGAAAGCAGCCAAAAAGAAGAGAAAUGCUGCUAGACCUCCAACAUCACUAACAAAUUCUGUAAGUUGGCGUCCUGAAGGUAUAAAACACAAGAAAAACGAGGCAUUUCUGGAUAUUAUCGAGUCGAUCAAUAUGCUAAUGACUCAGAAGGGACAAGUCUUGAGAUCAGAGAUAAUUGGUGAGGUUAAAGUAAAGUCAAAGCUUUCAGGUAUGCCCGACUUGAAGCUUGGCAUAAACGACAAAGGGUUAUUUUCAAAGUAUUUGGAAGGUGAUGAGAACGGUGUUCCUAUAGCACCAGAUGACAGUAGUGUUGAUGAGUCCAAACCUAAAAAGAAGAGAUCAAACAAUAUGGAACUUGAGGACUUGAAAUUUCAUCAAUGUGUUCGUUUAAGCAAGUUUGAAAACGAAAAGCAAAUUACCUUUAUACCACCCGAUGGAGACUUUGAGUUAAUGAGCUACAGAUUAUCUACGGCAAUCAAACCACUAAUUUGGUGUGACGUCAAUAUUAAAACUCAUUCCAAAUCAAGAAUAGAAAUAUUUUGCAGAGCCAAAGCUCAGAUAAAGAAGAAAUCAACAGCCACUAACGUGGAGAUAUUAAUUCCAGUUCCUGAAGACGCAGAUACUCCAGUAUUCAAAUACUCACACGGGUCUAUUAAAUACGUGCCUGAAAAGAAUGCAAUCUUAUGGAAAAUUAGAACAUUCCCAGGAGACAAGGAAUAUUCUAUGGCGGCUGAAAUGGGCCUUCCAUCUACCAAUGCUGGAGAAGAAUCAGAAAAGUUAAAAAGACCAGUGCAAGUCAAGUUUCAAAUACCUUAUUUCACCACAUCCGGCAUUCAGGUACGCUAUCUGAAAAUUGAAGAAAAAAAUCUUCAAUACAAGAGCUAUCCUUGGGUUAGAUAUAUUACUAAGAGCGGUGAUGACUAUACAAUUAGACUCUCUUGA